ACAAUGAGCUCUUCAUCGUUAUUGUCUAUUUUGGCAUUAGCUCUCCUCAUUACAUCCAGUGAAUGCUCAGUGUUCGAUCCAUUUCAUGUUCAUGUAACCAAUAUAUUGAGCCAAAACAAGAUCUUGCUUGUGCACUGCAAGUCCAAAGAUAAUGAUCUUGGCAUCCAUAAUCUUACAGUUGGGCAAGAAUUUUCUUGGAGUUUCAAAAUGAAUUUUUUCGGCACCACCCUUUUCUGGUGCUAUAUGGCACCAGACGAUCACUCUCAUGUUGCUUUUAAGGUGUUUUGGGCUAGUGGAAAGCUUGUUGAUAGGUGCGAUGCUGCUCAGAAUUGCUUUUGGGUUGCUAAAGAUGAUGGAGUUUAUUUGAGAGAUACUCGAAGGAACGAAGACGUUUUUAAACAAGAAUGGCAACCAGGGAGAUUUAAAGCUGAUCAUAAACAGGGAGAUUUGGAUACAAAUGAUUAGAAUAUCUGUCAUCAUCGUGUGUCUAUCAUUCUUAAUUAUAAUAACAUAUCAACGUCUCAACUUAAUUAGUCAAUAUUCCAAGUUGG